AUGGAAACCGAGCGCACGCGGAGCACCCCUCCUUCCCGCCGAGCCGCCGCCGCCGCCGCUGCCGCCAUGAUGCUGCUGGGCCGCGGGCUGGACGCCAGGGACAAUCAGACUAGACAAAUACAAGAUGCUGUUUCAAAUGUGGAAAAACAUUUUGGUGAAUUGUGCCAAAUAUUUGCUGGAUAUGUACGUAAAACUGCCAGACUACGAGACAAAGCAGAUCUUCUAGUAAAUGAAAUAUAUGCAUAUGCAGCCACAGAGACACCAAACUUAAAAGUUGGACUGAAAAACUUUGCAGAUGAAUUUUCCAGACUUCAGGAUUAUCGCCAGGCAGAGGUUGACAGGCUUGAAGCCAAGGUUGUUGAACCUCUGAAAAGUUAUGGGACCAUAGUGAAACUUAAAAGGGAUGAUCUUAAAGCAACUUUAACGGCAAAGAACCGAGAAGCCAAGCAAUUAUCUCAACUGGAAAAGACACGUCAGCGGAAUCCAUCGGAUCGACACAUUAUUUCACAGGCUGAAAGUGAAUUGCAGAGGGCUUCACUGGAUGCAACUCGAACAACUCGGCAAUUAGAGGAAACCAUUGAUAAUUUUGAGAAACAGAAAAUAAAGGACAUAAAAAACAUAUUUUCUGAAUUUAUAACUAUUGAAAUGUUAUUCCAUGGGAAAGCUUUAGAAAUAUAUACUGCUGCCUACCAAAAUAUCCAAAAUAUUGAUGAAAACGAAGAUCUAGAGGUUUUUCGGAGCUCACUUUAUCCACCAGACUAUCAGUCACGCUUAGACAUCGUUCGCGCAAAUUCAAAGUCCCCCCUGCAAAGAACUGGCUCCUUAAAAUCUUCAUUGAGGACAGUACAGAUUUCCAGCAGUUUGCUAAAAAAAGACGAAGAGGAGGAGGAGGAAGAUGAAGAUGAGGAAGAGGAGGAGGAGGAGGAGGAAGAGGAGGAGGAAUUAGAUGCUACUAAGGAAUCUUCUGGCUCCUUGACCUCCUUUAUAGCAGGUAUGAAAUAAAAGCAUCAAUUUGUUGGAUUUUAUCUUAAUUCCGUUUAAAUUCAGAAGAGGAUUCAGAACAGUACGCUUCUGAAGCUAAUUCCU